AUGGAAAAUAUAUUCUGCAAUGAAAAAGAAUUUCAUGUAGGUGAUCGAAUCUUCACUUGCAAUUUUAAUGCCCAUAAUAACAAAGAAAAUGAACAAGAUAGCAACAUCCUUAUGAAUGAAAAGAAUAAAAAAAAUUAUGAAAAUACAAUUGAAAAUGCAGAAAAAUUAUACGAUUCAGAUGAAGAAGUAGUUGAUAAAAACUUGAAAAUCUAUUUAUUUAAUGAAGAUAUAGGAAUAAAAAUUGGAACGAUUAGAUAUAUUGGAACGUUGAAAAAUCAUCCCUCUGAAAAUAAAAUAUUUUAUGGUAUUGAAUGGGAUAAUGAAAUUAGUGGGAAAAAUUAUGGGAAAUUUAAAGAAGACAUUUAUUUUUAUCCUAUUCAAUAUCUUAAAAGAGAAUAUACAAAAAUGUGUUAUAUGAAAAUAAAGGAGGGAUUAAAUAAUGUAAACGUUGAUAAUAAUAUAAGUGAUAACAUCAUAAAUGAUAAUAAAAUCAAAGUUAAUGAUUACAUAAUGAAGGAUGAUAAAAUAUUAAAUAAUGAUUACAUAAUGAAGGAUGAUAAUUGUGAUAAUAACCCUUUUAAAAACUUUCAUAAUAUACAUAAUGAUGAAAAAACAAAAAAAAUUUGUGAAAAAUUUUUAAAUGGUAAUCUUAAUAUUAAACCAUGCUCCUUUUUAACAUUCGAAAAUAUACACGUUGGUAUUACCUUCAUACAAGCUCUACAUUUUCGUUACAAUUAUUUUCCAGAUUUAGAUUUAUCCAUCGAAGAUUAUCAAACUAAAAAAAUAAAAAAAGUAAUUUUUUCAGGAGAAAUGAAAGUUCGAAAUUAUUUCAAAAAUUUUUAUGAAUUAAAAAAUAUAACAUUAAAUAAAUGUUUAAUAUAUACCUCUGGUAUUACCAAUAAUUUAAUUUUUAAUAAUUUACACAGUUUAUCUCUAUGUGGAAAUCUUCUUAGUAACUGGUUAGAAAUUUUUAAAAUAAUAAAACUAGCUAAUAAAUUAUCUUACCUGAACGUGUCAGAUAAUAAAUUAUCUCCCAUCUCUUUGCAAUGUGUUCUUUUAAAAAAUUUAGUAUCUGAAUGUAAUGAAAUAAAGAAUAAAUGUGAUAUAAAUGAUAACAAUACAAAUAAAUAUGAUUAUAUUAAUAAUAAUACAGAAGAACAUUGUACAAUGUCCGAAUUAAUUUAUUUUGAACAAAUAAAAGAAUUAUGUAUUGAUAACACACUUAUUAGCUGGGAUGAUGUUUUAAUUUUAUCUUUUAUUUUUCCAAAUGUUGAAAUAUUAAGUUUGAAAAAAAAUUAUAUAAACAAUAUUAAUAUUAAAAAUUUAAAAGUUUCAAAAAAUUCAAUUAUAUACAAAUAUUUGACCAACACAACGUAUAGGAAUUUAUAUGGUCUAGAUAAUAUAAUAAAUGACAAUCCAUCUUAUGGCCUAACUAAUAUAAAUGACAAAAAUUGUAAUAAUAAUAAUAAUAUAUAUACCUAUAAAGAAAAAAAUAUACAUAAUAUACCAAAUUGUAAUUCAAAUAUUUUUAUGUCUGAUGGAAAUAAACACGAAUGUGUAAAUUAUUCUUAUAAUAAUGAUCAUCAUUUUCUUAAUUCUCAAUCAGCUGAUGACUGUUCAGGUAAAAACAUGAACAAGUCAGGUGAAAGUGAUACUACAAAAAAUGAGAUAUUAUUUCCUUACAAGUUUGGAAUGUUUACUAAAUUACGAAAAAUAGUACUUAAUGAUAAUUAUUUGUAUGAUUAUGAAGAUUUAUUUAAUUUUGUUUAUCACAUUAAUUCUAUACAAUCCAUAUUUUUAAAUAAUAAUAAAUUCAGCGAUAAUACAAAAUUAAUAGAUAUUGUAUAUAAUAUAUGUAUUGAAGAUUUGAACUAUAAAAUGAAUGAACAUAUCGAAUCUCUUGACAAAUUUGAAAUAAUAAAUCAGAAAUUUAAUCAUUUAAAAGAAUUUUUAUUUGAUAAUAAUGAAGUACAAAAUUAUGAAACCUUGAGAGAUUUGUUUUAUAUAUUUUAUGAUAUUGAAAUAUUGAAAAUACAAAAUAAGCAAAAACAUAUGAAAGACAGAAAAAAUCUACGAUAUAUAUUUAUAUCCAUAAUGCCUAAGCUUAAAAUAUUAAAUCAUAGUUCAAUAAAUAAAAACGAGAGAAUAAAUUCGGAGAGGUUUUUUAUAUCUUUAUAUCAGAAGGAUAAUAUUACAAAGGUGUUUAAUGAAGAGGUUUUAAAUAGGAGGCACAGUACGAGGUUGGAGAAGAUACACUAUGAGGCUACCAAGGAUCACGAAUAUGAGGAAAAAGCCAAAUGUAUAAAAACAAACCUUAUCAACAUAACAAUCAUUCCAGAAUUUUUAAACUCAGAAAAAUUUGAAAUUGUUAAGAAAAAGGUUAGUAAAUAUAUGUACGUAAAAGAUUUGAAAUAUUUAUGUUCAAGAUUAUAUUCUAUACCUUUGCCAAGAAUGCGAUUGUUUUACACCGAUGAGAAUAAUCCUCUUUGCUUAGAAAUUCUAGAUACCAAUGCAAAUUUGUAUACAUACGGAAUUGAUAACAAUUCAAAAAUAAAAAUAAAAAUGGAAGAAUGA